AUGAAAGAAAAUAUGCAAAGACGACGUGGUAUUGGUAACAUACGUGGUGCACGACAAAGCGUACGAAAUAUGCCCUUAGCCGUUAGCCAAUGUUUUGGAUGUGCACAAAGUAUCUAUGAUCCAUUGAUAUCAAAUGUACUCGAUCGUUUUUGGCAUCCCGACUGCGUUAAAUGUUAUUCCUGUCGUACAAUUUUGUCUGAUAAAUGUUAUUCACGUGAUGGAAAAUUAUUUUGUAAAGAUGACUUUUAUAGGCAUUUUGGACAUUAUUGCGCAUCAUGUCACACUAUUAUACAAUCAGACGAUUAUAUUCGACGUUCUAAAGGAAGUGUUUAUCAUGCUAAUUGUUUCUCUUGUACAAAAUGUAAACGUCUAAUACAUGACAACGAAGAUAUUUUUAUUGAUAAAAUUGAACAAACUACCGAACGUCAACAACAACAUGAUGUUUACUUAUGUCAUGACUGCCAUGCAACACUUACGCCAAAAAUUCUACCACCUCCUCCACCUUCUUCUGUUGAUGAAGAAGAAACAUCCGAUAGUCAAAUGUCAAACUCGACUACAAGUAAAACACCCAUUGAACAACAACCGCAGCAACAAUCCUCUUCGUCAUCUGAUAUAGUUUCUAAAUCGGAUGAAAGGGAUGUUCCAUCGCAGCCUGUCGCUAUAUCUUUACAACAACUUUCACUUACAAUAACAAAUUCACCUCCGCGUCCACUCUCUCUAACAACAUCUGUCUCACUUAUAUCGCCAAAACAGUCGCAAAAAUCACCAGUUUUACUGACGAACAGCAAAACUACUGCUGCUGAGAAUGAAGAACAAGCGAUAAAUGUUCUAUCAUCACCAAAAUCGAAGAAUAAAUCACCUACGUCCAAUCAUCAGAUAUCACCAAUUCGAAAUAAUAAGUCACCAAUAAAAGCACAUUCAUCAUCUUCAUCAUCCUCAAACGAAACUCCAAAAACAAUAACACGAAAUCAUAAACAACAAAAUAAUAGCAGUACUAAAGCUUCGCUAUCUAAGUCAGUCAAGUCAUCUCGAACAAAGCAGAAUCCACUGUCAAAUAAUACGACUGAAAAUAAUAAAAAGAAACCUUUAACCUUGUCAUCACCGGCGACACGUUCGAAAGCAGCCGCGUUAGCAGCUGCUUCUACAACGAAAGUCGGUUCUCGUAAAAAUAAAAAACAACGUCCAAUAACUCGUAAACGACAUAGACCUCUUUCGGAUAGUGAAACUGAAGAAGAAGAAGAAUACGAUGAGCAAGAGGAUGAAUAUGACAUGGAGGAAGAUAACCAGCUUAAUCAUCAUGAAACCAAUGGCAAAAUGAAUGAUAAACAACAGCAAAAACAGUCGGAAUCAAACGAUAUUGAUAAAAAUAUUACAACAACAAAUACGUAUGCAAAUACAAAUGAUGAUAGUAAUAAUAGCAGUCGAUCGUCUUCAUUUAAACUUCCGAACGAAAGGAAGUCGGAUGAUGAAGAAGAAAAGGAAUUAAAAAUAGCCACACCAGAAACGUCUAUCCCUCCCACUGAAACAUCAACGACAACAACAGUGACAACAAGUGGUAGUGUGGUUGUUUCAGACGCAAUUACUAGUUUAACGACAACAUUUAACGCUAGUCCAAUGUCAAUAUCAUCAAUAAUGAAGCAACCUUUACCUCAACAAAUCGAUUCCACUGUUAUGCCAUCAUAUUUAACAAACCAUUUUCCUUCACCACAACCAUCGAUGUUCGUUGGACAUCCAAUGUCACAUUAUCCUAAUCUUCCCGCGCAGCAUCCGCCUUAUGGACCCUCCUUUCCUCACAUGAUGCAGCAGAGACCUCCACAAAUGCUUCCACAACAGCCACCCGCAACCUCGGUCUUACAACACCAACUAUCUUCCUCACCAAUAUCUCAACAAUCUCAUUCAACAAACGCAUCAGAAACAGAUUCAUUAGAUAGAUCAUUGAGCCCAUCACAAAUGGAUAUUUCGACGAACGCCGAAGCUUCCUCAACUCCUAUUCGACAAAUGGGCUCACCAAAGUUCAAUCGUCAGCAUAACAAUAAUAAAUCUGUAGCUCCUACACCUACAUCAAAUCCUCGACCAAGUGCAUUAACUUCAUUACUCGAAUAUGGCCAUUAUCCUGCUGCAACAUCUGAUAAUCUUUCCAGUCAAAUGAGGCAGAGUCCAUUUCCGUUUCCAUUUCAAAUGCAGGGUGCCGCAGCACCUUAUCAAACUCCACCACCCGUGCCAUUUUACCGACCAUCAAUGGCGGGUCCAGCGCCAGACGUUAGUGGUCAGAUAUUUCCAUCUCAACCACCACCACCGCCGCCGCCGCCAGCACCCACUAGUCCCAAUAAAAAAUCAACAAAAAAGCAGAUGCCGCAGCAGCAACAACCACAAAUGCUCUCGAAUGCGGAUGUUUCACAAAACAUUGUCACUAGCCAACCGAAAAAGAAAGGACGAAAACUUGGCUCAAAAAAUAAAAUAUCCAAAGCAGAAAAAACGAAAGCAAAAUUAGCCGAAAAUGACGAAAAAAAUUUACCAGAGAAUAAAAACAAAGCAAGAGAACAUCAUUCUUCACCACAAACAAAUGAAUUGCAAAAACGCCAUUUUAAUGAAGUAGAGGACGAUGAUAAUGAUGAAGAAGAUUUACCACCAUCUUCAACAGGAAUGUUGCCAACGCCAGUAAGUCAAUAUUCACAGUUACCCGAACAUCUAUCUCUACAAACAUCACAACAAUCUGCAAAUCAUCAGAAUUUAUUGACAAAAAUGGGUCUCUUAAAUCACCAAAGUAUGCCACCUCCACCACCUCCAUCAAAUGGAAAUAAUUUAAUGAUGAAUCCCUUAAUGACUCCCAAUGGUAUGAUGAUGGCACCACAUCACUAUUUACCAUCCGCUUACCAAGCUGCAUUCAAUCCUGCCUUUGCUGCAGCUGCAUAUGCUAGCGGAUAUAAUCCGUAUCCACCCUUCCAUCCUGCCUUCGGACAUCCUGGUCAACCGCCACCGUCACAACACAUGAAUUUUCUGCCACAGAAUAAUGGCAUGUCUACUCCACCGACAACAGCAGGUACAAAUUUAACUGAAAAACCUGUAAAUGACCAUCACCAAACCAAAGUGCCAAAAUCAAAAGGAGCUAAACAUCAACAAUCAAAACAGCAACAAUUACCACCACUUCAGUCUAACACGAAUAACAUGAAUCCAAAUUAUAUACCAUCUUCAGAAAAUAUAAAAAUAAACAAAAACUCAAAUCCAACGACGACGACCGAUUCUAGUGAAGAAGAUGGUGACGAUGAUAUGGACGGAAAAAUAUGUAAUGGAAAAAAACUUCGGCAAGCGAGUGGAACGGGUGCAGUAGGCAUUGGGACUGAUUCAGACGGUUCUGGAACUGAAAUGGAUAUGAAUUUAAGUCAAAGUAGUGCAGGAAACUCAUUCGCAAAUGACAAUAAUGCAAAAAAAGGUGGAAGGACAACGAUAAAAGCGCCACAACUAGAGAUAUUAUGUCGAUCAUUUGAAGUUUGUCCGAAGCCUACUAAACAACAACGUGAACAAUUGGCUGCCGAAACUGGAUUAAAUAUGAGAGUAAUACAAGUCUGGUUUCAAAAUAAACGCUCGAAAGAACGAAAAAAUAAUCCAAAAAAUGCGGAUGAUAGUCCGUCAUCACCUCCACAACUAACGACAAAUACUGAUCGAAGUUCGUCCAAUUUUUAA